AUGGAGAAGAUGAAUGGGUUAAGACUCCAACAUUUCUUGAAGGAAAAGGAAGGAACUGAGUCUUUCAAAGAGAUCCCCAUCAUUAGAGCAGAUAGCGAUCUCGAAGAGUUUGAGGCAACAAGGCAGAAAGUGUUAGACAAUGUAAUAAAAAAUGUGGAGAAACAAGUCAACAAGACCCAUCAACACAGAACUUUCAGAAAUAUUGGUGUGGUACUCACACAGUAGAGCUUGCUGUUGUGAAGUCAUUAGAACACUAUGACAAAUCUCAUAAGCUCCAAAAAAUACUUUUGAGUUUGUACAAAGACUGCCAUUUUAGCCUGAAAGCUCUCAGAGAGUUGAGGGACCUGUCACAAGCUCUUGCAAAGAAAGUCUCAAGGCCACUUAAUUUUUUGGGUGCUUGGUGGCUUCCACAUCUACAAACUGCUUUGACAACCCUGUUCAUAGGACUUAAAGUUUUUUUGAUACAUUUUCAAAAUGCAAAAGAGGGCAGGGUAGGAUCAGCUAGAAGACAGGGCAGAGCAACUUUUUCUGUGAAGUUUCUUACAUCUUUGAAGGACCUGUUGCUUAUGCACCUGACUUGGGACAUCAUGGAGGCCGCAGCACACCUUGAUAAAGUGUUCCAAGCUGACUUCACUACUAUUACCCAGGCAAAGCAUCAGUAA